UCGAUGUCGAGUUCAUCAAGCACCAACAUCAGAACGUGCUAUUGUGGAGAUAGGGUUGGAAUGUGGACAUCAUGGACUCGAAAGAAUCCAGGUCGGAGGUUUUUUGGUUGCCCAAAUUACAUGGAUGAAGAGAAGGACUGUGGGUAUUUUCGUUGGAUUGACCCACCACUAUUGAAUAAGUGGUAUAAAGAAAGAAUGUAUGAGUUAGGAGCUAUUGCUAAUGGGGGUGUAGCUAUUCCUUUUAAUAACCCUGUUAAUGAAGGUGAAAUACCUGUUGAUGGCCCUAUUGCCCCUGUGAAUGUUGAUGUCCCUAUUGCCCCUGCGAAUGCUCUUGAACCUGAUAAUCAAAUUGCAAUGUGUGAUAAUACACAUGUGCCUAGUAAUGAAUUUGGAUUCUGCAAGUGGAUGAUGAUAAAUGUUCUCGUGGAUCAUGUAAUGUUUUGGUUAAUGAAAUGGCAAUAUGUUAUUAUGGCUGGUCAAGAAUCAUUUAGAUCAAUAACAAGAUCUUACUACAGAGGUGAUGUUGGUGCCCUUCUUGGUUUGCAUAAAUGGUGUACACUUGACAAAUAUAACCAUGUUAAGGGCAUUCACAAUGUUUCAAUGUGGCUAAAAUAA